CAUAUCAUAUUACAGUUUCGUCUUUAAGUGUUUCAAGAUUUUUUUCAUCUCGCUCUCCGUCUUGUCCAUUUGGUCUGUCUUCUAGAACGUUUGUGUGCUUUUCAUAAAAUAUGACCAAUUCAAAACAAUGAGAUGACGUCAUUAAAAAGUUGGCUUUUCCGGCUUUAAUACUUUUGUGCAGAAUGUCUGACGUGAAAUGCCAUGCGAACCCCAAGUUGUCAAUCAAAGUCCGGUUAGCUAAACAGCCAAUCUUGAGUUGAUGUAAACGGAAAAAUUAAAAAACUUCCCCAGCCAAAAAGAGAAAAACCGAUACUGAUUUUAUGUUAAAUUGUAGGUUGUUAAAGUUUGCUUUCCGCUGGUAAUUCUAAUGCCUUGUGUUUACUCUAAAACCUGAAUGUACUUUGAGUCUUUUGUUCAGUCUCCUUAUCGCAUAUUUUGUAACCUGUCCUUUAUUGAAGCGAAUUUUAAUUAAGGUGCAGUAAAUACAGCUUUACGCUUCAGUCAUUGAAUGUCUCCAUCUUAUUCAAAUGCAAUUAAAUGCGAAGGAAAUUAGAUUUCAAGUGAUGACAGCGAAACAGGCAAUAGCUGCUCUAGCGGUAGAGUUCGCCGUCGUCUUGUAAGAUCGAUGCAAGUGACCGUAAAGAUGUGGCUGGUCUAACUGAAGUUCACAAGGAAAAUACAAUAUCAAAAUUUAUUAAUAUCAAGACAAUCAGAUAAGGAGCCACUAAAAUGCAGCACAUGGCAGUCUUAGCCUCUUUUAUUUGCCUCUUUCUAUCGCGCGUCGACGAUAUCAGUGCAAGUUGCCCCAAUAGAUGGUCUCUAAAUACCAAUCGAACAAUGGACAGGAGGAUGUGGCGUCAUGCCUUCAAGGUUAUUCAGGGUGUUCUCUCGCCUUAUCAGUGUGCAGAUGCCUGUUUGAGGGAUGCGAGGUGCAAGUCGUUCAAUGAUAAACGAAAACAAGACAAAAACGAUGUUAACGAAUGCGAGCUGAACGAUGUCAAGUGGGAAGAUACCAAGCCCGGGGAGGUGGGCAGAGAACCAGGGUCGGACCUAUACGAUGUUGACUUUGAACGCCUUCACGAGAUUCUUUUGUACUCAGGUGAUUCAUGUGACCAUCAGGAUUUAAGUUAGUUGCGUUAGUCCGGAAUGAAGUUUUAAUGUACAUUUUGUGGCCUAAAUAAACGUCUCUGCUUGACUUCAAUGGUAACAGACCAGAUACCACGGACUCUCUUAUUCACGAACCAUGAGCGAUAAUGUACGAUGGAAUCCCGAUUUUUCGAACCUCUGAGGGAAACGAAAAUUGGCUCGAAAAAUCAGAUAUUUCGAGAAAUCGGAGGCAAAAUUUCAGUGUUCGACUGAAGAGAGGUAAACGACUUUAUUUUUUGGUUCGAUCGAGUUAUCGGAAGGUUCGUACAAAUGAGGGUUCGAGAAAUCGGGAUUCUACUGUAUGUUAGAAAUCCCAUGACAAAAUGCAACAUUACUGACUAUUAACAAGAAUACUCCAGUCGUCGCGUGUGUUGUCUUUCGUAAGUAGUAUUGAUGUAAAUAGCUUAUAUUAUUAUUUUCUUGUAUAUUUCCAGUGAAAUAUAAUUUUUUUCUUUGUAUUGUGUUAAACGAACUGUAACUUUGUUGUGUUGUUUCUGAAUAAAAAGUGUAAAAAGCUUUA